AUGCGUUACUCCCUUGUUGCUGCCGCCAUUGUCGGCUCAACAAUGGCAGCCCCGAAAUACUACGAGGCACUCCCAUCCGGCUACAGCAGCAUUCCCUCUUACCCUGCCUCGCCGCCACCGCCCUAUCCCACAUCUACUCCAUGUGAUGAAGAGGCAACGCCCACGCCCACGCCCAGCACCCCAGCUGGCGCAGUCUCGACUCCUGGCUCGAGUGCCCCAGUUUACCCAGCCUCAAGCUUCCCAGUCUACCCGGCCUACCCAGCUUACCCAGCUUCGAGCCAACCCGUAUAUCCUGCCUCGAGCUACCCAGCUUACCCAGCUUCGAGCCAACCCGUAUAUCCUGCCUCGAGCUACCCAGCCUACCCAGCCUCGAGCCAACCCGUAUAUCCUGCCUCGAGCUACCCAGUCUACCCAGCUUCGUCCACGGCAACCCACCCUCAGGACAUCACCACGACUUACACCAGUACCAACACAGUCUUUGUGCCAUGCUCUACCUCUGUUGGCACUGGUGAGCAUUCGUCGGUCAUUUACUCCACUUAUCUCACGGCUUCAUACACGCCUAUCAUCGUUACCUCCACGAUCUAUGGAUGCGGAGACAAGUGCCCGAAGCCGACCUCAAGU